AAAUCACUGGUUUGGAUGGUUUGUCUGUAAGUGUACUUUAAACUUUUAUUGGAACAUGUGAAACAAUCAUCCAAUUUGGAUUUUUAAAGCUUAACCUCUAGUUUCUUAUAGGAAUCGCAAAGGGCCACAGCCCAGCUAUAUAUUACAUAAGGUUAGCAAAUGACCUUUCUACAGUAAUUCAGAUUGCUUUAGUAUCAUAAUGUUUUUUGCUGACUUUUUAUGAAGAAAUUUAGUAUGACGCACAUGGUGGUGUCUUACUCUUGGUGUGGCAUUGUAAAAAGAAUUUUAAUAUGAGGUGCUUAGCCGUGCCUGGAAAGGGACAAUAAAAGUUAAGACCAAAGGUGAUAAAAAAAUAAAGUGAUGAUUAUGUUCAUUGAACCUAGUGGUUUUUCUUUAGUUGGAACAAUGCUACUCAUUUCUUCUUAUUAUUUGAACACUGAACUCAUAAAAUAAACUCAAGUUAAUGACUUCUUUUAAUUGCUUUCUCAUGACUUAAAAGGAUAGAAUUAGAAGGGGAACAGACAUUCUGACUUUCACAUGUAUAGUGACACUUGGAAUCUCUCUGCCUGUAGCUGGUAACUGACAAGACAUAUGCUUUCUAUAGUCAUGAACAUGACUUCUCCAAACUGCUCCACACAUGCCACAGUAUGUGACGGCACAUCCUGCCUUGUACCUCCUAGCAAUUUUAAUGAGGUCCUAAGCCUUGUUCUGAGCACAGUCUUAACAAUCAUGUUGGCAAUGGUGAUGUUUGCUAUGGGCUGUACGGUGGAAGCAAAGAAGCUAUGGGGGCACAUCAAGAGACCUUGGGGAAUCUUUGUGGGCUUCCUUUGUCAGUUUGGAAUCAUGCCCCUCACAGCCUUUCUGCUGUCUCUUGCUUUCAAUGUGUUGCCAGUUCAAGCAGUAGCAAUCCUGAUCAUGGGAUGCUGUCCAGGGGGAUCUGGAUCAAAUAUUUUAGCCUAUUGGCUGGAUGGAGACAUGGAUCUCAGCAUAAGUAUGACAGCCUGUUCGUCAAUCCUGGCAAUGGGGAUGAUGCCUCUCUGUCUUUUGAUCUACACCAAAAUGUGGACAUCAUCUGACACAAUUCAGAUACCUUAUGACAGCAUAGGAAUCACUUUGGUAGCACUUCUUAUACCUGUUGGACUGGGAAUCUAUGUUAAGUACAGAUGGCCCAAAAAAGCAAAGAUGAUUCUUAAGGUUGGUUCCAUCAUGGGUACACUAUUGAUUGUAAUUAUUGCUGUAGUUGGAGGUGUUCUGUAUCAGUCCUCCUGGGUAAUUUCCCCUGCUCUAUGGAUUAUUGGAACUAUAUAUCCAUUUAUUGGCUUUGCUCUUGGAUUUCUUCUGGCUCGAGUAGUUGGGCAGCCCUACUAUAGGUGUCGGACAAUAGCCUUAGAGACUGGAUUCCAGAAUUCACAGUUGUGCAGCACAAUUGUUCAACUGUCCUUUACUCCUGAAGAGCUAGAAGUGAUGUUCAGUUUUCCACUAAUCUACAGUAUUUUUCAGCUGGUCUUCGCGCUCUCUAUUGUUGGAAGUUAUCAGUUAUACAAGAGAAAAUUCUGCAAGGAUCAAGGGGAUGAGUGUGAGAAAGAAUUGUCUCAACGCAAGAUGGAACUGCCACACACUUUCACAAAUGGUGGAUUUCACACUGAUGAAAACACAUCAAAUGGAAAAAUUACCCAUCUUUAAAUGAAACUGAUCAGGCACUGAAGUCAUGACAGCCUUCUAUUUUUCAAAUUUGACUCGGAUCUUACUGAAAUUUAGUGUUGAAACACUUUAUGGUGAUGCUGGCAUCAAAUAAAUGGAGUAAACAGAGGCAUGUGAACAUCCUGACAGAAGCUUUUCACCAUGUGCCAUGUGAAUAAAAGGGAAAUAGCUGUCAUUGUGCGUCUAUCAUGGAACACAAGGCAUGUAUUUUGUUUUAAUUCGGGGUGUUGGGCUACCAAAUUAUAUCAAUGGAUUACUUUUGCUGGGCUUCGGCAAAUAAUACUAUGCAUUGGACUGAGGGAUGGGUUUUAGAGGGAUCAUAGUCAGUCCCUUUAUCCUGAACUGGAGCAGCAAAUUUAUGGAUUGUCAGGAAUCUUGCAGUGUGUAAGUGAAUGGAUCAUA